AUCCUGUAGAUUUAAGGAAAAAGGUAAUGUUUACUAUAUGGAUUUUGGCUAAACCAGAAAGUUAUCUAGCUGCUGGAGAUCGGUUUAAUUUGGCAAAAAGUACUGCGCACAGUGUAGUAAAAGAAAUUACAAAUGUAUUGGUUAAUAUAUUACCAAAUUAUGUAAGAUGGCCAGAUGUAUUUAAGAGACGUUCUCAUGGUAUCCCAAAUGUAGUAGGCGCUAUUGAUGGAUGCCAUAUACCAUGCAAAGCUCCUAUAAACAAUGCUAAUGAUUUCUACAAUCGAAAAGGUUUUCAUUCUAUUGUCCUACAAGGUAUCUGCGAUCAUAAAGCACGCUUUAUAGAUAUAUUUGUGGGGUUACCAGGACGCAUGCACGAUGCACGUGUAUUUAGACAGAGUGAAAUUUUUCAAAGGUUAACACAUCAUCACCUAUUACCACCUGAUUGUCAUAUAAUUGGUGAUGCUGCGUAUCCAUUAUUAGUCAAUUUAUUAACACCUUAUCGGGACACAGGCCAUCUAAGUAGAGCUCAAAUAACAUAUAAUACCAGACUGUCUAGUAUAAGAUCAAUAAUAGAACGAGCAUUUGGUUUAUUAAAAUGCAAAUUCCGCAGACUACAUUAUUUAGAUAUUGCAGAUUUUGAUUUUGGAAAUAAAAUGAUAGGAGCAGCCUGUGUUCUACAUAACUUUUUAAUAGAACAUAAUGAAAUUAAUUUUGAAAUUGAUGAAGAGGUGUUAGAGGAAGAGCAGGAAGAGGAAGCAAUCGAAAGAGAAGAAGAAAUAGUAAAUAAUGAAGCGGUAGACAAAAGAAAUGGAAUAUCGGAAUUAUUAAUACAAAAUAGAAACACUUAACUGUACAAAUCAUAUUAAACU